AUGAAGCAGUUGUUGGUAUCAUCAAGGUAUCUAUUCCUACUCUUCGCAAUUCUCUAUUUUCUUACAUUAAUUACCGACGCCAAAUGUGUCCCUCGCAAUGUAACCCAUGACAUAUCGCCCUCUGACGACUAUGCUAAUGAAUCGAAGAGCUCUAAAGAGAUUUCACAUGCCGAACAGUCAAUAUCCUCUACCCAUGAUGAAAAAAGUAACAAUGAUGACAACAAGCAAAGGGAAGAAAAACGUGAUGAUGAUGAUGACGACGACGAAGAAAAAAACAAAAAGAAAUCAAAACAUCAUGAGAAAAGAAAUGAAGAUGAUACUAAAAUACAAAAGAAAUCAGAAGAUUAUGACAAAAAUGACGAUGGUGAAGACGUCAACCAUGAUGACGAUGAUAAAAAGGAGAAGUCACAUAGCAAUGAAAAAAAGGGCGAUGAAGACAAGGAAAAUUUAUCCUCGUCAAGCUCAAUUGACACAGCAUCGACCCAGAAAGUAUGUGGGUCGACUCGGUUUCCCAAGGAUUGUUUAAGCUCCAUAUCGCCCUUUUUCACAGGGAAGACAGACCCAGCAUCAAUCCUCAAGAUGGAGGUCCAAGCAGUACGAAAGGGUUUUACGAUCGCAAUCGCGAAGGUGAAACAGAUGAAGAAAGACUCAGAAGGGAAGUGGAACAAGAGCGCACUUGACACAUGCGUUGAGAACUUCAACAACGGCGUCAAAGACUUGGAUAGUGCAUUAGAGGCGAUAAAUAACCACAACAUAGACUCGCUUCAAACAAUUUUGAGUUCUGUGCUAACAUACGUCACAACCUGCGAAGACGCAAUGGCUGAGGACCCGGAUUCAGGUGAACUACCCAACAUCACCAACAUGGAGCAGAAGCUCACAAACUUGGCUAGCAAUAGUUUGGACAUCGCCGACCAGCUUAAUUGGACAUAA